AUGGCAACAGCUAUGGCGUGGAGGCGGCAUUUCCCCAGUCUUCCAACACAACGCGCCUUCCGUUCCCGCAGGAGAAGCUGCAGGAAGGCCGUGGAGCAGCGGCGGAAGGAAGUGCGCGCCGCCCUGGACAAACUCGAAGCGUCCCUGAGCGCCGGCGCCGAGCUGCUGACGGAGGAGAGGCUAGCCAUUCUGGCUGCCGCCGACAUCCUUCUGCACCGGCUGAAGGAGGGACACCUGACGCCCACAGCUGUCCUGCGGGCGUUCCAGGCCAAGGCGAUGGUCGUGACUUACCGCAUCAACUGCGUCACGGAAUUCAUCCCGCAGGCGGAGGACUGGGCCUCGGCGCUCGAGGAGGACCCGCAAAACCGCUCGCUCCCGCUCUACGGCCUUCCGGUGAGCAUCAAGGAGAACUUCGAGGUGGAGGGCAUGGACACCACGCUGGGGCUGGCCAAGUACCUGUACCAGCCCCCGCGCCACGCCGCCCUCGUGCAGGUGCUGCGGCUGCAGGGCGCCGUGCCCUUCUGCAAGACCAACGUGCCGCAAAGCCUCGUCAGCUACCGCUGCAGCAACCCCGUCUGGGGCGAGACCCUGAACCUCGACACCCAGCGCACCUGCGGAGGAUCCUCAGGCGGCGAAGCGGCCCUCGUGGGCGGCGGGGGCUCGGUGCUGGGUGUGGGCUCCGACGUGGCCGGCAGCGUGCGCAUCCCGGCGCACUUCUGCGGCGUCGUGGCGGUCAAACCCACCAGCGGGAGGGUGAGCAGCCGCGGCCUGGCCAAGUGUGUGCGGGGCGCCGUUGGAGUGGAGAGUGCCCCUGGCCUGCUAGGCCGCGACGUGGACAUCGUGGUGGCGGGGCUGCAGGCCGUCCUCGAGGGCGAGCACAUGCACAACGUGGACCCGACGCUGCCGCCGCUCUCGUGGCGCGGCCACCUGUUCGCGGAGAACCGGCCUCUCCGCGUCGGCUGGUACGACCACGACGAGGUCUUCCCCGUGACGCCCGGCUGCCGCCGUGCCGUCACGGAGGCGCGGGAUGCCCUGGCGGCUGCGGGGCACACGCUCGUGCCCUUCACUCCAGCGGGCGUCAGGAGGGCAUGGCGGCUACUCACCGCCUGCUUUACGGCGGACCAAGGACAGACCUCCGUCAGGCUGCUGGAGAACGAGCAGCUGGACCAGGCGGUGGAGACCAACAGGCAGCUGAUGUCGGCACCAAGGUUCGUGAGGGCAGUCGUGAGGCAAGUCGUCUCGAGGAAGUCUCCGCUCAUGGCCGACCUGCUGCGAAGCGACACGUCCUCCUCGUACCAGCUCUGGCGCGUCCUGGGAGAAAGGAAGGACUACAUCGACGACCUUCUGGAGGCGUGGAAGGCCAACCAGCUGGACGUCCUGUUGUGCCCCGCCUUCCCCAUGCCGGCGCCCAAGCCCUCGUACCCUACCAGGAUCAUGGCCGCGGCGGUGACGACGGCCCUGUACAACUACCUCGACUUCCCAGCUGGCGUCGUGCCCGUCACUCACGAGAGCGAGGACGACCAGGCCAAGUUAGCGGAGUACCCGACGGACGACCUCAUGUUCGAGUUGGUGAAGGAGGCCACGGCAGAGGCAGUCGGGCUGCCCAUCGGUGUGCAAAUAGUCGGUCUGCCUUGGCAGGAGGAGGUGCUGUGCCGCGCAAUGAAGGCUCUUCAGGAUGCGCUCGCCAGCGCCAAGGAGGCAAAGUGAAGGAAUGCCGUCCUCGGGGCUUACUGUCUAUUGAUGUUUUUAUUCAGUUUUCACGUCUUAUCAUUUGAACCACUGAGUUGAUCUGGGGACGAGGUGAGUGUUAUAGUAGAGAGAAAUUUUCAUGACACCAGAGAAUACUUUAAUUUGAUAUUGUCAUGUUACCGUAGAUCACCGAAAUUUUACUUCGUUAAGCUUAUCCAUUUAUUCGCAUUCCUCGAGACGUCCGGAUAUCUUCGCACUCCUCUUUAUCCAAUUCAAAACAAGAACAAACGUAAACUAUGUUAAAUAAACGUGGUAUGUGUCGGGACCGCUAUUUAAGGGAACCAAGAAUGGUCUCGAUGCAACACAUUGGUUACGACAUUGCGGUUCGCGGUCUUCCGAUCCGUCUUCACUCUUUCGGGGCCAUUCGUGCAGCCAUUGAUUGCAUCGCCUGCUUUCGGCCGCGGGGAAUUUUACGAGUUUACCUUUGUGUUGCAACCAUGUGAUCUACGUGUUAUUAUAGUACCCACCGUGCGGUAGUGAAAUGUUCAGUGUGCCUUCGUGCUCAGAGCCUUAAAAGGGACUCUCUUUAUGGUGUCUCGUGGCGCUAAAUUUCUUUAAACUUGAGAUAGACAGGUGCUCACGAUAAACUGAUUAUGUAAACUAGUAAUUAUGUAUUACAUUAUCUUUAGCAGUCUUGGAUAUAAGCCCGCCAGCAAUACCAUCUGCAGUAAAGAUAAACACAAGAAUGGAACAGGCGUUGAUGAUUUAAUGUUAGAAGUGAACUCCAUGUAUUCAGUGUUGUGUGUAAAGCUCUCUAUAAACAUUUUAAGACAUUGGUUGUAUCAAGUACAUUUGUAAAUGCACAUGAGGGUGGUGUUUUGGAGGGUUCUGCUUCAUGAUAAAAUCUGCGUUUCAUUAAAAAAAAUGAAUAGUGCAUUUUUGGCCAAUUAAUGUUUCUGGGGAAGUUGAAUUGCUGACUUCUGAAAAGAGGGUCUUUUGAAGGAAAUACUAUAAAUUUCAUGUAAGAACUCCAGUUAAAGAUACACCCGAUUUAUCAAAUAUAUCAUAAUUGUCUACAUGUUGCUCAACUUUUGUGAUAAUACUGCGAAUUUAAAAGUUACAGAAGGAAAAGUAUAUAUUAUUACUGCAUGUAUAUUUUUGGAUAUUUUGAUAUUCAUAUGAAGUGUAACCGACCUCUACGUUAAGGUCACACUAGUCUUCUCUGUCCUGGGAUCCAUAGACAGCCUCGUCGAUGUCAGGUCAGCUGACCAAUCAAAAGCUGUAGCUGACUAGACUUCGGCGAGCCAGUCUUGGGAUUCCAGGACAGAAAGACUAGUGCGGCCUUCGCUUAAGGAUAUCCUCCCUCAUAGUAGUACAUUCUCGUAUCAUUUUAGUUUUCUGCAAACAAGAUGAACUACUUUUAAUAUGUUUUCACUGAUAACUAUAUUCACUUCUGUGACGGCCUCCAUUGCACAGUAAAACUUUUGUAAGUAUAUAGAGUGAAUAUUUAGAAUAUACAUAUUCGUUUAGAGAAUAUAUAUCGAAACAUUCCACAAUGUAGCAAUCAAUGUACUGUGCAUUAAGAAGUUUGUACUAUUUUUCGUAUUAGCAAACAUUUAUUACUGUGACCUUUGUACGACGUAUAUGAAAAAAUGUA